UUUGAAUUGAGCUCAAAAACUUUAAAAGAAACUUUUGUCCCACUCGAACAUUUGCCCCACUUUACUCUAACGAUAUGCGUUUACGUUUUGUUCAAACCUUUGUAUGCACAUAAUUUCUAUUGCAAUGGUUUCGCAUUACUACAUAUCUACCUAGUUUGCAAUUUUUCAGAUAAUGUGAUCGGCAAUCGAGAGAAAGAGCGAGACUCAACGAAUAACAACGCUUGACUUAUAUAAAAAAUAUGGAUCAAUGUACGUUGAAUACACUCUGGAAUGUGAAAUCUGAGCCAUGUGAGAAAUCUUGCUUUGGAAUGCAACAGCCGGACACUCCAGCUGAAGAACUGUAUGAGGUUAAGACGGAGAUGAUUGUUGAAGGAGCAAAACUUGAAAUUAAUUGCCAUGAUGAAGAACUAUCCGAUAUACUUCCACCAACUGAGCCCGACAAAAUAGGAAUAACAAUCGACAGACCCUUCAAGUGCGACGUGUGCCCAAAGACAUUCCAGAUCAAACGAACUCUGUAUGCACAUAAGAGAUUUACUCAUGGAGCAAAGGAGCACUGUUGUCCGAUUUGCGGAAAACCAAUCGCGUAUCGACACCAAAUAGAGAGACACAUGCAAACGCAUGAUCCUAUCCAUAAGCGUUCUAGUAAGGAAACCAUCAUCAAUACGGAUGCCAUCAGAUGUGAAAUCUGCCAAAAAACGUUCAGUACUAAAGCUGCCUUGGGAAAUCACAACAUUUAUGUCCACAAGCCGAGAGACCACGAAUGUGAAAUUUGCGGUUUUCGAUUUCGGCUACGCUGUAGAUUGAUGAAGCACAUGGAAGGACACGAACGAAAGAAGCAGAAAUCUAAGUCACCAUCACUUGGAAGUUCGAUCAGCUCUGAUCAGAAGGUACGUUCAGAGAAUAACCUUCGGAGAGGUAAAUCGAUACAUUCAUGCUUGAAAUGCUCCAAACAGUACACAUCCAAAACGAAGCUGAAUCAACAUAUUAGAAGAAAGCAUCCGGAGAAUAGUACAAUGGAUAAGCAGCAUGUUGAAAUGGAAAAACUAUCGAACGCGAAUGAUAAUUGUCCGCAGAAUGAUGAAAUGGUUUUUAUGUUCGAGGUAGAAGUGAUAAAAAUGGAACCAGAAUGAAACAUUGACGCGUAUAAACGUGAACAUAUGAUAACGUGUGUAUUAAACUGUUCUAAUUUUUGUUGAAGUUUACAUUACCAAAGUUCAAUAAACGGGAAUUGGCAUAAUUGAAAUGCUAAAUAAACCAACUGAUUGGACGACCUUGAUGAUCAUAUGACUAAUGAGCUAGAGCUUUAGCUCGAAAGCUUGAUUGACCGUCCGUGGAUGCUACUCCAGUACAUAUCGCCAGACCAGCUACACUCACGCAAAGAACCAAUGAGAUUUCUGCCGGGAACUAAGCAGACAUCUUCAGUGUGUGAGUGUUGGUGAUCUUCUAUUUUUAGGCGACAAUGGCGCUUACCACGUCAGGUUGCAGAUCAAUAUGGGGAGAUGAAAUGAAGUGAUGGUUGCAAUCGUUUGUAUCCACAGCAGAUCAAAUAUACCUCUGCGUCUGCCCAAAUCCAUGCGGAUGUCUUAGUGUUGGUGGGAAUGGGUUCACACAUUGGUGCGUGGAUGCCAGACGAAGGGCGAAAGAUUAGUGUGUUUAUUAC